UCAGUAGUAGGGAAAGAUCUAGAAAGUCUCAGCACUCGUUCUCCUUCAUCCAAGAUCCGCAACCUUUUUCAGGCGUGACGUCUGGCGUAUGACUGCUGCGUCAGUCAGACCCUGAAGGUACGUGUCUGCUGCUAGUUCGCACACGGCGCAUCGCAUCAUCCAUCACCUCUCUUUUUUUCCGAACUCUCCGUUCAUCAUGUCCUUUCCGCCACCUCCAGGUCUUAAACAAGCCCCGUCGUCCCUCCCACCCCGGCCACCGGCGACAGCAAGCACCGCUUCGCCUUCAAACUUCCAACCUGCAUAUUCGGCCGCGCCGUCGGGUGCAAGCAAUGGCUUUGGUGGACACGGGUCUCGGGCGGGCUACAGCGCCAUCACAGCAUUCCAGCCUCGCUCUGUAGCUUCUAGUCAACCUUACCGUACCAGCAGCCCCGCUGUGUCCGCUCCCCCAACAACAUCCACCAGUGGAUAUUCGACACCGACCACGGGAAGCUACGGUGGUUACUAUUCGCAAGCGCAAUCAUCAUAUCAAAGCGGCCCUUCGUAUUACGGAGCCUCCCAGUACAAUGACAACACAUACGGUCCAUCCGUGCCUCACAUCCAGAAUCCUUUUACGCCUGCAGCGGACCAGUCGAGCGCUUAUGGGCGCGGGAGAAAUUUCGGACGCAAUGACUCGGGAUUGGAUCCUGAAACGGAGGCCCAGAUUGCGCAGUGGCAGAGUGCUUAUGCGAACAAGGAGGAGGUUCCAGCCACCGGGAAGGCCCCUGGACGGCCAACUUUGAAUCAGGGUAUGUCUGGUGCCGGUUCUGGUGUAAAUACUCCGUCCGGUGCCAAUACAACGGCUAGCACGCCGGCACCCACCGUGGGAAACCCGGAACCUGCAUCCAAGACCGUCGCGCGUGCUGGAGGCGGUCAGAACUGGACCGAUUCGACACUGCUAGAGUGGGAUCCCGCACACUUUCGCUUGUUUGUAGGCAACCUUGCUGGUGAGGUGACGGAUGAUUCGUUAUUAAAGGCAUUCGCCAAGUAUACAUCGGUCCAAAAAGCUCGGGUGAUCCGCGACAAGCGUACACAGAAGAGCAAAGGCUACGGGUUCGUUAGUUUCAGCGAUGGCGACGAUUAUUUUAAAGCCGCCAGGGAGAUGCAGGGCAAGUACAUCGGAUCGCAUCCGGUUCUCCUCCGACGGGCCACCACAGAGGUCCGGCCAGUAUCCAACACGAAGAAUGGCAAGAAACACGGAAGUGGAGGGGGAUCGGGCGGUGGCGCCGGCAGUGGCAAGGUCAAGCAUGAUGGAGUCAAAAAGCACGGCAAGACCAAGGGCGGACUCAGGAUUAUUGGAUGAGCGAACAGUGUAUAUCCUUCAAAACGGUUCUGACUAUAUCCGUUCAUGCAUGUCAUCAUAAUGAAGAAUACUUUAUGUAAUUUCCAGG